GCGCGGUAGUCUCGUGUCCGCUAGCUCACCGCACGGAAUGGCGCGCCUCGCUGCUCUCUCCUGCGUCCUCGCGUCAGUCCUGGUCUUGACAACAUGUCAGACAGAAGAUACAAGAACUACACCCACAUCUGAAACAGAUGAGGAUCAUAAUACCUCUGAGUUAACUGCACCUCUCACAGUCCCUUCUUUCCACUCUGAAGACCAAAAAACCAAAGAAUCAACAUCAACAACACCCAAAGAAACCAUUGAAACUACAACAACACCACCAACAACAACAUCAAGACCUACAACGACAGAAGUGCCUCGCACAAAUUCACUUUUCCGUUUCCGAGGAAAAGAUGGAGCAACAUGUAUUCUUCUUCAAGUUGAUGCUUUGCUUUCAAUCAAGUAUAAAACAAUAUCUGGUGAAAUGAGGGAUAGAGACAUUUAUGUCCCUAACAAGGCUAAUAUAUCAGGGAGCUGUAAUGAAGACACGUCUUAUUUGGAUCUGACGUGGCCAUCAUUUUUUAUCAGAUGGAGCUUUUCCAAGACACCAGGUGGUGAAAGAUGGUACAUUAAUAAGCUAGAGUUGCAGUAUACACUCUCUAGUGAAAUCUUUGAACAUGUUGCAAAUCCAGGACAAACUGUGCAAGUUUCUACUGCACAUUCACACGAGAACAUGUUGUAUCCAACACUAGUUGGACGAUCAUUUACCUGUAAACAAGAGCUUACUGUUCACCUAUCUGGAGAACAUGCAUAUGGUGCCAUCCUCUAUCUCAGAGAUCUACGACUUCAACCAUUUAUAUUCAAUGUUGAUGACUUUAGUCCAGAAUAUGAAUGCUCACCUGGAGGUAUAACAUUUCGAGAUGAGACUGCACCAAUUGCUGUUGGAAGUACUCUGGCAAUUGUUGUUCUCCUUACAGUAACUGGAUAUGGUAUUUAUCGCUAUUUUAAAAUCAAAAAAGUUCAGUAUGAUACUAUGGAGUAAAUGUAUUUAGUUAAAAAUUUAUUCCUACAUGUGUUAAGUUGUAAUUACUUUUAGUUUAUUGUAAAUUUGUGACUAUUUUCAACUUUGGUGGUUUUGUUUCCUACUUUGAAAUGCCUGUUUGCAGUCUUCAAUAAAAAUGUCUAUCAAUGACAUUUUUUUAAAGGAGUACAAGGUGUUACUGCUUUGUGUUAGAACUGCAGCUCUUUAGACACCGAUACAGGGCAGGUUUUUUUUAAAAAAAAGUCAGUAUUUCUCUUGAAAAUAAAUACAACCUGACAAGUGACAACAAACAAAGAAAGUGUAACCUAAUUCUUAGUUCAUGUUGCAGCCAUGUCUGCUCAAGCAAGUAAUCAGCCACUCACAGAUUUAUUUAGAUGCUUUUCAUUGCUUCUUCUCUUUCACUGCUUGAUUAAUUAUGUGGCUUACUAAUUAUUCAUUUAAUGAACUUGAAUUCUUUAUUUGACUGUUAACUCAACAGGAGAAGACCGAAUCAGUUAUGGGAACCUUAGACAUGAUAAAAAUGUAAAAUUGUUUACUAUCCAGACUCUUUGUAUUGAUAGUAACACAAACAUUUUUGAUAAUUUUUAGAUCUUUAUUUGUUAAUAGUUUCACAGUGAGCCAUUCUAUUCGCCAUAGAGAUUUGUAUGUAAUGCAAUGGAAUUUCUGAGACUAAGCAAUUUGAUAUACAUUCUUGGCUUACAUUGUCAGGAAAUACAAACACCAUUUUUGUGUGUGAUAGAUAUUAGCUCUAAGAUGUAAACAGUAAUACCAUAUUAUAAUGGACUAUCAUUUCCAAGUUUCUUCUAAAAAUAAGUACAGCCACCAUGUGCUCAUUUUUAAUUCAGAGCCAUUGGAACACUUGUGCAUUAAAAAGCAAUAAAUGAUCUAAAACCUAAAGUUAUUUAACCCCAAACACAUUUAAAUCAAGCCCUUCUUCAUUUUUUCAUUUGCAUUCAACAGUGUAUUUUUCAUUUAAGAAAGUUCUAUCUCUACCAACAGAUGAAAAAGCCUUUCAAAUAUUUCUCCAACUUAAAAACUGAACGUAUCCUUCACAGUCUGAAAGCACCUUGUACCCAAUAACACACUCAUUGAUGUGAAAAGCUGUAACAGUAAUCAAAGUUUACAGAGUUGCUUAUCAAUUUAAAACAUUUAUUGUUAAUUGUGGAAUUAUAUUGAUAUAUCUUCAAACCAUCACAGGAAUUGAGUCUGCUCAGUGUAUCGAUGUGUAAUUUCAUAUUAUUAUAUGUUAUGUAACAGGAGCUUGAUUGUAACAGUAAAAAAAGUAUCCUUUAGAGCUUGUGUGCAGUUUAUGUGUGUACAUGUGUGUGUGUGUGUGUGUGUGUGUGUGUGUGUGUGUGUGUGAGGGAGAGAGAGAGAGAGAGAGAGAGAGAGAGAGAGAGAGAGAGAGAGAGAGAGAGAGAGAGAAUGAAUUUAUUUGUUUGUUUGUAUGCAUUCAGUACGCAGAUUUUUCUAAAUCAGAAUGUGGAGUUUGUUGCACAUAAAUGGCAUUUACGAGAUACACGACUGAAAUGUUAACAGAGACUGUUUUCUGAUAUUUGAUGAUUAAUGUAUGUUAUAUAGUUAUAUAGAAUUAAAGUAAAUAUAUAUUGUAGUUACAUGUGUGAUCAUAGAUAGCAAUAAAAUUUCUCUCUGCAUUUUUGUGGAUUUAGUAUAAACAGAGUGCAUGACAUGAUACAUUACUGAAAGCUGUGGCUCUUUGGUGCCUAUUUUAUGCCAGCAUAUGUAUAUGUGCAUCUCAAAUUAGAGUGCAGCAUUUGUGUAGAUGAAGAACAGAAAAAAUAUUGUAUUAGCAGCACGAAAGUGAAUCCGCACUGAGCUAUAGGCUGAAGAAGAACAGCAAUAGCAGUGGAAAGAAAAUUAAGGAAAUUGUUUCACUACAUUGUCUUCUUGAAACUACUUCACAUUUUGGCAUGAAUGUUUAUUCUCUUUGCUAUUUUUAACUUUUGCACAUACUUAUUAGUCUUGGUUUUUUAUUUAUUUUUAUAAACUAAUUGUAAACUGCUCCUCUCUCCACUUCGAUAUGACUUAAGAAAGGAGUGUGUUGUUAUCCAGCACAGGAAGCAUUUCCUCUUACACUCUUGCACUAACUGUCUUCUUCUAAUCCUAUACUCAUUUUAUUUUCCAAGGGCAACACCUUCAGUUUCUUACUUGAUACAUUUAUUACCCUACAAAUAAUCUACCACAACAAGAAAUGCACCUAUCUUUAAACUUAUCAUUUCAAUUGUUGUUACUAUAAUGCCAGAGAGACAAAAUAAUUUUUUUUAUCUAUUAAAAGUUAUAGAAGACCACAGUGGUUGUAAUAUAUCAAUGGAGUCAAUGAGUCAUUAGUCCUGCCAUUAUUUAAGCUUCACAUUCCCCCUAAAUUGACUAAUUGUGUUUUGAGUCCUCCGUAUAACCUAACUGAACCUUAAUGACUUACUUUUUAGUGACAAAAAUGAGAAAUGGAAUGGUGUAAGUAAUUUCUGUUAUCUUUUAUGGCAACAAAAUUAAGAAGCAGUCAGAAAAGUAACUGAAACCUACACGUGUGUCAUGAAAUCCAUCAGUACAGUACGUGUAUAUUGCUCAUUACAAAGAGAAACAAAGUUCGCUAUGCAUAACUAUUUUGAUUUUCCCAAGUGUGUUAUUUCAAAUUUUAACACAAAACUCAUAUCUUAAGAAAUUUAAUAACAUGAAAUUGUUUUUUCUGUGUAAAGUAAAUUAAUCCAAAAUUUGUUGUUUAUGCAGAAAACUUGAUAUAGUGACAUUAUGAAACUAAAAGAAAAGUGUUGUGACCAUGAGUUACUUCAUAUUAGUCACACGAUUUGACUCUAAGGCCUUCAAGCAAACAGUAAAAUAACUGCUUGACAUUAAUCAUUGUAAAGUAUCAGAUUCCAAGCUGCUGCUUUGGAAUGAAGGAAAACUCAAAAUAAAAGUAUUCUCUGUCUUUACUGCCUUUAUUAAUAAUAUGCAAGGCAUUUAAAAUGUAAGGACAGUAUUCAAAGAGAUCAAUGAAUUUCAUUGUUGCUAAGAAAAAGUUCGCAGAAGGCUGACACAGUACUUUUCAUUUAGUAAUGAUAGUGAUAUACAGAUGAAAAUAAAUUGUGCUGAUUUAUUCUGAGAAAUUAUUUAUUGCAAAAUUUUUAAGUAGAGCUCCUUGCAAAUCAGUGUUAUCCUUCUGAAAUCAACUAAAACAUGUUGACAAGGACAGAUUACUGCCCACCAUAAAGAUGCUGCAUUAAGUUGCAGACACACAUAAUGAAAACACUCUUAUGAAUAAUCUUUUGACCAAAGCCUUCUUCAGAAAAGAAAAAUGCACACACAUUCACACCAGCAAGCACACUUAACACACACACAUGGCCACUUAUCUCUGGCUGCUCCAGCCAGAAUCAAAUUCUGAUCAGAGCAGCCAGAGAUAGUAGCUGCUCCAGCCAGAAUCAAAUACGAAUGUGUGUGGAUUCUUCUUUUCUGAAGAAGGUGUUGGCCAAAAGCUUAUUCACAACAGUCUUUUCAUCAUGCCUGUCUGCAGCUCAACAUCCCAUCUUUAUGGUGAGUAGCAAGUUAUCGUUUUCAUCAUAAUGUUGUUAAUAUUCCAACAUGGACUUUCCAUUGUUCAAAAACAAAUUGAUUUCCAUUCUUUCACCAGUGUGAGUAGGCCAUGGUCAGAUGCUUCUCUUAACUUGAGCCUGUGAUGUCAAUAGAAUUGUUGUUACUGUUAAUAAAGAGUAAGACAUUGAGCUGUAGAACUCUCCAUAAAGCAGACAAAAAAUUCUGUGUGUGUUAUUUACGUAUGCAAAACCUGUAAAAGUACAUAAUUAUCUCCUGUUAUUACUCUGUAAAAUAUUCACUGUUGUUAUGAUUAUUUACCAUUGGUUUUAAUUAUCAUGUAAGAUUUAGACUUAGAGCAAAGAAAUAAACAAACUACUGAGAACCUAACUGAGGCCUCACGUAAAUGAUGGUAGUAACUGACCAAUUAAAGAGGCUUUCUCUCUAUUGAUGCAACAUAUCAACAGCAAAAGUUCAAUGAGAGAGCAUAUGUUGUAUAACAAUUUGGAGCAACAAAACAACUAAAUUUCAUAUUUGAGUUAUAUAUGACACUCAUGGGAUGUAAGAAAAAUGUCUGUCAUUAGUCAGAUAUUUCUAAACCUGUCUUUUGUUGUCCAUGUGCUUUUUAUAGAAAAGACUGCUGAUCCAUUCUUAUUUGUUUAUGCUGUAGUACAUUUGACAAGAUUUCUGUAAGGUUGUUAUGGAGAAAAACAAUUUUUACAGCCAUCUUCAAUUUGGUGUCUUCAUGUUAUUAUUUCUGGUGUUUGUCUGAUUAUUUUGUCUCUGUGAAGCUAAAGUCUUCCACAAUUGUAAAUUGCAAUAUAUUAUGAUAAAUAAAUUGUUACA